GCUCGUACCCGGUACCUUUCAACCCGUCAAAUCACCUGCAGGUCGCAAGUCUGAUACCCGGCGCCGUUAAACUCCAAAACUGCGCGCCACAAGACACAUUCGCGCGACACCUUCACCUCCUCAUCUCAGUCACAGAUCCUCGGACGACGCUGCCACUGCACCUAGCUUCUUGAUCUGCUGAGCGCUUCUUGCCUGCAGAUGGCAUAGAGAUACAGGAAGCGUUGCUGGGACUGGCACCAGGAACUGCAUUGCAAGGGGUAUAGCACGGGGUCCACAAUUAGCACUGCAGUACCUUCUACAUUGCUCCAUUGCUCCAUUGCAUACUCCAUAACUUCUAAGCCCGACCUCUAGUAUCGGCUGGCCCAACUCAUCAACUCCUUCCCCCUCUUCUUUCUCUCUUUCUGCCCCCCAAUCCACUCGCCAUGUCACCUUCUCCGAACUCGUCGACGCCUCAGGCUUCUGGGAAACGCAAGCGUAGCUCUGCUGCCGCGGACAGCAUCGCCAACUCCAACAUCAAUACCGCACACCGCGACCCCGUCGACGCCGCCAUCAUGAACCAGGACCAGAUCAUCCAGACCGAGUCCCGCGACGCCUCGGCUGAAGAGGGCGACACCACCGCUCCCGAGUCUUCACGCACCGCCGCCGGUCACAGAAAGACAGACUCGGCCACUAGCAGCCACCCGCCUAGCAAGCGCCAGCGCUCCAACGACGACCAGCCCUCAGAAGCUCCCGCCACCGCCGAUGCGAUAGAGCAGGCCCAGGCUAUCGAUCCCGGCGAGCCUAGUGAUACCACCGAAGCCAGUGAUGACAUCGCCGAAAGAGUCACCCGCAAGAGCAGCCGCAAGGCCACGGCUGGCCAGAACAAUGGCAGUGAAGAUGGAAAGACGGGUGGCUACCCAAUAAUAUCCAAGGGUCCGGCUAUGGCACCACCGCCCAUUGGAAAGCUUACCCACCCCGUGGGAUACAAGACGAACCCUCCUCCUGUGGGUAGGCCAGUCAGAGUGUAUGCGGAUGGUGUCUUCGAUCUGUUCCAUCUUGGACACAUGCGCCAGCUCGAGCAGGCAAAGAAGGCCUUCCCCGAAGUCCACCUCCUUGUGGGCGUGACAGGCGACGAGGAUACACACAAGCGCAAGGGUUUGACCGUUUUGUCAGGCAAGGAGCGUGCCGAGACCGUCCGGCAUUGCAAGUGGGUGGAUGAGGUUAUUGAGGACUGCCCCUGGAUCGUCACACCCGAGUUUCUCGAAGAACAUAAGAUCGACUACGUUGCCCACGACGACAUCCCCUACGGUGCCGACGAGGGCGACGAUAUUUAUGCGCCUAUCAAGGCGGCUGGCAAGUUCCUGGUUACGCAACGGACAGAGGGUGUGAGCACCACUGGUAUUAUCACAAAGAUCGUCCGCGAUUAUGAAAAGUAUAUUGCCCGUCAAUUCAAGCGCGGUGCGUCGCGUCAAGAGCUCAACGUCAGCUGGCUGAAGAAGAACGAGCUUGACCUGAAGCGGCACAUCCAGGAUCUGCGUGACAAUAUCCGCAGCAACUGGACUACGACCGGACAGGAGCUCAGCAAGGAGCUGCGCCAGUUCUGGCCGUCUAGCCGACCCCAGAGCCCAAGCCCUUCGGGAUUCCCCCGACUGCCUCCGCAGUUGAUGGCUAUGGCGCAGAACGGCGGUAGCAGCGCCGAUGUGUCGAAUGCUACUAGUCCCAGUCCCCUUGGCCCGGCUUCAGGAUCGGCGCAAGCUGGUCCCUCGAACUUGACGCCCAAGAGCCCGACACAGGCUGCUGCGCAGGCGGCAGGAAACGUAAACGAUUUCAUUACGGGCUAUACCCUUGGGUUGGUCGGGGGUGUGCGAUCUUGGAUGAGCAGGACCCGGGGGCCGAACCAGGAAGACGGUAGCCGGGCACCCAGCGAUGAUGACUCGGAAGAGGGUGACAACAAGAGAAGUAGCGAGAAGCGGAGGUCCAACGUCCCGGCUGGCUCCGGUGCGGCUUCGGCCUCGGCUUCUACCAGCCGUGCUGAGAGGCGUGUCUGA